AGCCAAAACGUGAUUUUUGGCGCCAAAGCGAAAUUCACUUCCAUUUCCCUCUUAUGGGCGUGUGUAUAAUUUUUAACUUUUAUCAUUCCCUCUUUCAACUCAACCACGCACCACACCAGAACAAUUAGGGUUCGUAGAUUUCCGUUGUCUCCUUUACCGAUCUCACAGAAUUAGCUCGCUCUUCAGAUAUUCGUCUUCCAAACACUCGCAAAUUCCGAUAAAUGGAAAUGUCGGUGCCAACAAUAAUCAUAGACGCUGAAAACUCUCCCCCUCGGCCUCCUCCUCUUCCGCCUCAAGAUCCGAAAUCAAACCAAGCCAAGAGCACCACGCGGAAGCGGAAGAAGAAGGUUCCCUCGCUGCUGCAAAACCUAAAGAGCGCCGAGGAGAAGCAGGCGCACAUCGAAACCCUCGAGAAGGAACUCGACGCGCUGUUCCGGUACUACCGGGAGGUCAUGGCGCAGAAAGUGUGCGUCCAGCUUGGCCAGUGCGGUGGUUCCCGAAACGCUGUCGUCGCGGCUCUGAUGGAGGAGAGCGACCUUCCGCUGUCGAGGCUCGUUGACGAGAUUCACGAUAGGCUGAGCGGCGAAGUCGGUAGCGGCGCAAUCGUGCUGACGGAGGCUGUUACUCAUGCGACGGUGAAGAGUAGCGUGUUGUCGGUGGGACAGAGAGUGACUUACGGCGUGCCCAAUGCUGAUGCUGACGUACUCGAGGACCAUGCUGAGUCCUGUCUCUGGUGUUGGGAGACCAGGGAUAUGAAAUUGAUGUCAAAAUCUGUGCGAGGAGAGUUCAGUAUUCGGCGUACUUGUCGGAGAAGGAUUCAUGAGAGGAUUUUGGCUGUCUCUGAAAUGAUAGCUGCUUUGAAAAAGCUAGAGAGUGAACCAGAUUAUAAUCAUGGUUUAAUGAAGGCGUCAGCAAAGCUCGGUAAAGCUUUUCCCGAGGCAGAUAUACGGUUGUUAGUGGAUGCCUUGUUGCAGAAAAACAGUGAAGAAAUGGACAAGAAACGAGCAAACCAAGAAAAUAAAUUGCUAAUUAAACAGUUGGAGAGAAAUAGAAGAGAAGCAGAGAAAGAGAAAGAAAGCAUGCACAAGGAACUGCAAAGAGAAAUACUGCUCAAUGAAUCAGAUUUAAAAAUGUCACAAGAUGAGACAAGAAAUGAUGAGAAAAGUUCUGAAAAGAAGAAACAGCAAAAGAAGCAGGUGGAGGAAGCAGAAAAGGAUCAAAGGCGCAAAGAGAAAGCAGAAGCUGAAUUAAAAAAGAAGCGCAGUUUACAAAAGCAAGCCUCAAUUAUGGAGCGUUUUCUUAAGAGAAGUAAAAUUAAUCCCCCAUCUCAGAAAGAUCAAGUUUCAGUGAAAUCACCUGCAUCUGAUUUGUCAAGCAGCAAUAGUGAAAGUUUGUUUGAGUCAGCUACUAUCUCAAUGGAUUGUACUCUUGCAUCAAGUAGUGAUGUUGCACUUGAGGAUAUUCGGAGGUCACUCUUUUCUUCAUGGCGCUGUUUAGGACAAUCAAUUCGCUCAAACAGGAAACAGAGAUGGGGCUUACGCCAGAAACCUAGGACUCAAGUUUUUAAGGAACUUAAGCUGACAGCUAUUAAAACUGCAGUUCAUGAUGAUGAGUUGGACGUGGAGAAACAUGUGGACAGAUUGGGAGAAUGUAGUUCUGAUAUCAGUUCAUGCCCAAUGAAUACAGAUAGUUCUCCUCUUGAUGCCAAGAAGUACAGUCGGGGGAAGCAAUUAUUACAGUUCGAUAAAUCUCAUAGACCUGCCUUUUUUGGUAUUUGGCCCACAAAAAGUCAUGUUGUUGGACCACGCCAUCCUUUAAGGAAGGAUCCAAGCCUGGAUUAUGAUGUCAGCAGCGAUGAGGAAUGGGAAGAGGAGGAACCGGGUGAAAGUCUUUCUGAUUGUGAUAAAGAUGAAGAGGAAUGUCAAGAGGAGUGUUCAAAGUCUGAUGAUGAAAGUGAAGAUGGUUUUUUUGUACCAGAUGGAUAUCUCUCUGAAGAUGAGGGUGCACAAGUGGAUAGAAUGGAAAUAGACGAUGACAUUGAGGGGGCUGAUAGCCCACCUAGCUGUAAGGAUGAUAGAGAGACCGAGGAGUUCUGUGCUUUACUUCGGCAGCAGAAAUAUCUAAACAAUUUGACAGAGCAUGCUCUCCGGAAAAAUCAACCUUUGUUUAUAUCAAAUUUGAUUCAUGAAAAGGAGUUUAUAUCAGAUAACAAUAUUAGUGGUACUUCUAAGCUGGAGCAGAUGUGCUUGCAAGCCUUGAGUAUGUAUCCAAUUCCUGGCAGCUCAUAUAUAGAAUUAUCUAUGGAUAAAAUGCAGGAUGAGGACCAAGAAGUCUGCCUCUCCACCGGUAAAGGUGGUGCUAGUCCAAUAUCUGGUGUAGCUGUAAUACCCGACUCAGACCUUAACAUAAUUGUAACUACUAUUCAAAGUUGUUCUCAGGGUAUGAAUAAAGUUUUAGUGUCUUUGCAACAGAAGUUCCCUUCUGUAUCUAAGUCAUCACUGAAGAAUAAAGUGCGUGAAGUAUCUGACUAUGUUGAUAACCGUUUGCAGGUGAAGAAAGAAGUUUUGGAUAAGCUUGGCUUGGCAGUUAAACAUGAAAAAAACAGUGGGGGACCGAGGAGUAUUGCUGCAUUUUUUUCUAAAAGGUGCUUGCCGCCAGCUGGUGAAGGUGUGAAACCUGGUGAAACUUCACCACUUCCACCCCUGAAGUCGUCUUCUGCCAUUGAUGAACGACCACAAAGUUCAUAUAAUAUUUAGUGUUCCACAUUUUGUUGCCCAGUGGCAUUUUUGCUACUUUUCAGAUAUCUCAGCUUAGACUUUUUUUUGGUAAAAGUUGGAGAUAGUGGGUUGCACUUGAUUCUCAUUUACCACUGGGCAAGUUCCUGAUUACUAUAUUAUGACAAUACUGUUUACUUGGUUUUCCAAGUUUGGACUUGAUAAACAUUUGUUGACUGUAUUGUAUAAAGAGGAAAUACUAUUUGCAUCACCCCAUUUCUUGGGGGUUUCUUUUA